AUGCUUGAAGGUAAAUUCGAUCAAAGUACUUUGUUAAAGAAGAUUGUCGACGCAAUUAAAGACUGUGUCAAGUUAUGUAACUUCAAUUGUACCGAACACGGUAUCACCGUCCAAGCCGUGGACGACUCCAGAGUUCUUUUGGUCUCCUUACUUGUUGGCCAAACUGCCUUUGACGAUUAUAGAUGUGACAGAGAUAUCACCUUGGGUAUUGACUUGGAAUCCUUCUCCAAGAUUAUCAAAACCGCCAACAACGAAGAUUACUUGACCCUCAUGGCCGAUGACACUCCGGACUCCGUCCACACCAUUUUCGAAGAUAAGAAGAAGGAACGUGUUUCUGAAUAUUCCUUGAAAUUGAUGAAUAUCGACUCUGAAUUCUUGAAGAUCGACGAUAUGGAAUACGAUUCCGUUAUAAAUAUGCCAAGUUACGAAUUCGCCAAGAUUGUUAGAGAUUUAAAGAACUUGGGCGAAUCCUUGGUUAUUACUGUUACCAAGGACUCUGUCAAGUUCAGUUCUGAAGGUGAAACUGGUAACGGUUCUGUUGUAUUGAAGCCAUACACUGACAUGGACAAGCCAGAUGAAAGUGUCAAGGUCACCUUGGACUCUCCCGUUGACUUAACUUUUGGUUCUAAAUACUUGAACGACAUUAUUAAAGCUACCAGUUUGUCUGAUGUUAUAACUAUCAAGUUGGCCGACAAGACUCCAGCUUUGUUUGAAUAUAAAUUGGACGCUGGUGGUUAUUUAAGAUUCUACUUGGCUCCAAAGUUUGAUGAAGAAGAUUAA